CGAGACUCGACAUCCGGGCAUUUUCGAACUUUUCUUUGCUGGACAGAUGCUCGAGGAAUUUUUCUAAUUUGACCAUAAUAAGAUAGAAUUUCAGCCAAAAUGCAGGGCUUGUCUUUAAAAUCAUUAAAAAAGCAUCCUGCUUUGAUUCCCCUGUACUUUUGUGUGGGUGUUGGAGUUUGUGGAGCUGCUUUUUAUACAACAAGGUUGGCCACUCGCUGCCCUGAUGUGAGUUGGGACAAGAAGAAAAACCCCUACCCAUGGCAAAAACUGGGGGAAACUGGACAAUAUAAGUUUUACUCUCCCGUGCGAGAUUACAAAAAGUUGAAGUACCCAUCGGAGAGGCCAGACAUUGAGAGCAUGGAAGAGAAGUAAGCUGCCAGUGAGCCAAGGGCCAGAUUUACUUCACCAUUUGGCUGUACAUAAACAAACGUGAUAAAACUUAGCCAUUUAGUUUCAUUUGUCAUAUGGAUAUUCAGUAAAUUCAAAGUUUUGAUGGAAUAUUGACACUUAAAAAAUACCAUUAUAAUCAUUAUUGUUUGUUUGAUUUUCAUGGGUGGAUUUGUUUGUUAGUAUUCUGUCCCCUCCUGGUAAUUUGAGAUUCUCCAUUCCAUUACCAGUAUCCUAGCAUGAAAAUUGUAAUGGAAAAGGUUACUUUAGAUUUCCAUGGGGUGAUAGAGGUCCUGUUCUAUUGCUGUUCUUUGGUCUUUUAAACCAGCUCCUGAGACACCAAAUUGAGACUAAGUGAAGCCAGACCAGUUCCCUAAAUUGGCCCGACGGCGCAAAUAAGUCACCUGAAGAUAAUCAGUCGGAGCCCCAGCUCCGCUAUAGUCCCCCUUAACUCAUCCCUUCAUUAAAAUCGUUGAUUUUAUGUUAAAUUUGGACUGAAAUUGUUGCUUUGAGAUGUAUGUAAUCUCCUCAACUCAAGUUCCAUAGUUUUAGUAUGGCAGUAUACUAUUCAUGCUCAUUCUUUUGCUGAAGAAUAUGCACUUGGUUGAGUUAGCAGUCAUGUUAAUGCCUUUGAAAUGAAAGACUAGUUAUACGAACAGGGUAUGAUUCAAAUAGAAAUUUGCCUCUAAAAGAUGCUUUUAGCUGUCUUUGUCAACAAAACAAUAUGGUCGUUAGCUGAUAUUUUUCUACACAUGUUAUUUCAUCUGCCUUGGUUUGUUGGCAGUUUUUGUGUUGUGUAAAAUCCUCUUCCUUGUACAUGAUGAAUUCAGAAGUGGCUUGGUAAACUGUGCUGUCUCUCUGCUUAGACAUUUAAAACAUGUAUCGUAGCUCGGUGUGGAUUUUCGGAUUGUAAUCAGGUGAGAGUGUUCACAUUCAAUAAAAGAAAUUUACAUGUAA